CAUUUGCUUCUUCAGGGGUGACUUGGCAGCUGUCUACAAAGUUGCUGGUUGCUCAGAGCCUGCUUCUGUUCUCCAGUCAUGAUCCGUACCUGGAUAGCCUUUCUUCUGCUGAUGGUGUUUGUUUCCUGUCUUGGCUUCAACUUGGAUACAAAGAAGCCGACACAUUUCCACAUGGAUGGUGCUGAGUUUGGACACAGCGUACUCCAGUACGACGGUUCCUGGGUGGUGGUUGGAGCGCCAAAGGAAAUCAAAGCCACUAACCAAACAGGCGGCCUCUACAAAUGUGCCUAUCACACGGGCAAAUGUGAGCCCAUCUACCUCCAGGUGCCCCCAGAGGCUGUGAACAUGUCCCUGGGCCUGUCCCUUGCUGCUGCCACCAACCCUUCUCGGCUGUUGGCUUGUGGUCCUACUGUGCACCGCACAUGCAGAGAGAAUACAUACUUGACAGGGCUCUGCUUUCUACUGAGCUCAGCAUUCAUGAAGAACCAGAACUUACCAACCGAGCAGCAGGAGUGUCCAAAGCAGGACCAAGACAUUGUGUUCUUGAUUGACGGCUCGGGUAGCAUCUCUUCCACAAAUUUUAGAAAAAUGCUGGACUUUGUUAAAGCUGUAAUGAGCCUUCAGCGACCUAGCACACGGUUCGCCCUGAUGCAGUUCUCCAAUUCCUUCUGGAUACAUUUUACUUUCAAUGACUUCAUCUCCACAACAAGGCCUUUAAGUCUCUUGAAUUCUGUAAACCAGCAGAGAGGGUACACACACACAGCCUCAGCUAUCAAGCGUGUCAUAACAGAACUGUUCACCGCCAGAAGUGGAGCUCGGAAAGAUGCCACCAGGGUCCUCAUUGUCAUCACAGAUGGGAAGAAAGAAGGGGACAACUUGAGUUAUGAUAAUGUCAUCCCUGUGGCAGAGGCUGCAGGCAUCAUUCGUUAUGCAAUUGGGGUAGGAGAAGCUUUUUACAGAGCACAGUCCAGGCAAGAAUUAGAGGCCAUUGCAUCGAUGCCUUCCCACGAAUACAUAUUCAGCGUGGAGAACUUUGAUGCUUUGAAGGAUAUUCAGGAUCAGCUGAAGGAGAAGAUCUUUGCCAUUGAGGGUACAGAGACACCAAGCAGCAGUUCUUUUGAAUUGGAGAUGUCCCAGGAGGGCUUCAGUGCUGUGUUUACGCCUGAUGGACCAGUCCUGGGGGCUGUGGGAAGCUUCAGCUGGUCUGGAGGUGCCUUCUUAUACCCACCAAAUAUGAGACCCACCUUCAUCAACAUGUCUCAGGAGAAUGUGGACAUGAGAGACGCUUACCUGGGUUACUCCACCGCACUGGCCUUUUGGAAGGGGGUCCACAGCCUGAUCCUGGGGGCCCCUCGCCACCAGCACACAGGGAAGGUUGUCAUCUUUACUGAGGAAUACAGGCAUUGGAAGCCCAAGUCUGAAGUCAGAGGGACACAGAUCGGCUCCUACUUUGGGGCAUCUCUCUGUUCUGUGGACAUGGAUGGCGAUGGCAGCACUGACCUGGUCCUGAUCGGAGCCCCUCAUUACUAUGAGCAGACCCGAGGGGGGCAGGUAGCAGUGUGCCCCAUGCCUGGUGUGAGGAGCAGGUGGCAGUGUGAGGCCACCCUCCAUGGGGAGCAGGGCCAUCCUUGGGGCCGCUUUGGGGCGUCUCUGACAGUGCUAGGGGACAUGAAUGGGGACAGUCUGGCGGAUGUGGCUGUUGGUGCACCUGGAGAGGAGGAGAACAGAGGUGCUGUCUACAUAUUUCAUGGAGCCUCCCGACUGGACAUCACUCCCUCACCCAGCCAGAGGAUUUCAGGAUCCCGGGUCUUCUCCAGGCUCCAGUAUUUUGGGCAGUCACUAAGUGGGGGUCAGGACCUCACCCGGGAUGGAUUAGUGGACCUAGCUGUGGGGUCCAAGGGGCACGUGCUGCUUCUCAGGACCAGACCGAUUCUUAGAAUGUUAUCGACUAUAAGCUUCACGCCUGCAGAGAUUUCCAGGUCUGUGUUUGAGUGUCAGGAACAGGUGGCCCCUGAGCAGAUACUGGGUGAUGCCACUGUCUGCCUUGAUAUUUAUGAAAUCUCCAAGACCCAACUAGGUGACCUCCAAAGUAUUGUCACCUUUGACCUGGCCCUAGACCCUGGCCGCCUGAGUCCCCGGGCCAUCUUCAAGGAGACAAAGACCCAGGCUCUGACUCUAGUUAAAACCCUUGGUCUGGACAGGCACUGUGAAAGUGUGAAGUUGCUUCUCCCGGCCUGUGUGGAGGACUCAGUGACCCCUAUCACUCUGCGCCUCAACUUCUCUCUUGUUGGUGUGCCCGUCCCUUUCUUACAAGACCUCCAACCGAUGCUGGCUGUAGAUGACCAAACGUACUUCACGGCCUCUCUUCCCUUUGAGAAGAACUGUGGAGCUGACCAUAUCUGCCAGGAUGAUCUUGGCAUCAUAUUUGGCUUCUCAGACUUGAAGACCCUGGUGGUGGGAAGUGACCUGGAGCUGACUGUAGAUGUGACGGUGUCUAAUGGUGGAGAAGAUUCCUAUGGAACCACAGUCACUGUGUUCUACCCAGUGGGUCUGUCCUUUAGACGAGCUGCAAAAGGCCAAGUAUUCCUUUGGAACAAAGAGAGCCAGCAGUGGCAGCGGCGGGGGCGGCACUCCCUGCACCUUAUGUGUGACAGCAUCCCAGACAGGAGUCAGGGCCUCUGGAGCACCAGCUGCAGCAGCAGCCACGUCAUUUUCCGUGGAGGCUCACAGAUGACUUUCUUGGUAACUUUUGACGUCUCCCCCAAAGCUGAGCUGGGGGACAGGCUGCUUCUAAGAGCCAAAGUGAGAAGUGAGAAUGGCGGAUCCGAAACCCAAAAAACCACCUUCCAGUCGGAGCUCCCAGUGAAGUACGCUGUGUACACUGUGAUCAGCAGCCACGACCAGUUCACCAAGUAUCUUAACUUCUCAGACUCAGAAAAGGAGAGGACCAGUGUGGUUGAACAUAGAUUCCAGGUGAAUAAUCUGGGACAGAGAGACAUGCCAGUCAGCAUCAACUUUUGGGUGCCCAUAGAGCUGAAGGGAGAAGGUGUGUGGACAGUGAUGGUCUCCCACCCUCAGAACCCAUCCACCCAAUGCUAUCCGAAUAGACUCAAGCCAACACAGUCUGACCUCCUGACUCACAUGCAGAAGAGCCCCGUGCUGGACUGUUCCAUUGCUGACUGCCUGCACCUCCGCUGUGACAUCCCCUCCUUGGGCGUCCAGGAUGAGCUUGAGUUCAUUCUGAAGGGCAACCUCAGCUUUGGCUGGAUCAGUCAGACAUUGCAGAAAAAGGUGUUGCUCCUGAGUGAAGCUGAAAUCACAUUCAACACAUCUGUGUACUCCCAGCUGCCAGGGCAGGAGGCAUUCCUGAGAGCCCAGACGAAGACAGUACUGGAGAUGUAUGAAGUCCACAACCCGGUCCCUCUCAUUGUGGGCAGCUCAGUGGGAGGUCUGCUGCUGCUAGCUCUCAUCACGGCUGUACUCUACAAGGCUGGUUUCUUCAAACGUCAGUACAAGGAAAUGUUGGAGGAAGCAAAUGGACAGCUUGCCUCAGAAAAUGGGACCCCAAGCCCCCAGGUUGCCCAGUGA